AUGGCGUCUAUGCAGAUGGCAUCAAGAUCACGCAAGCGAACAAACUCUGGAUGUACUACGACAACAUUUUGCGCCUUAGAUGAUAUGGAGGGCUCAAAAGGAGAAACCGUGAUGGUCUGGGAUGCCAGCAUUCUGCAGGCUCUUGGUGGUUCUGAUGCCUGCUGGCUUCGUUUGGUUUUUGAACCGCGUGCCCAAGUGAGACUGCAUUUGUUUGAGACCGUGUGCGGGAAUCUGUUCUAUUUUUUGGUUGAUGUCAAACACCGUUUGUUUAAGUUUGUUUGGCUGGCAGAGACUGACUGCAACCUAAAGCCCUCAUGGUUUCUGUUGAUGUGA